AUGCAAGCCGGUGAGCUUACUAAUUCCCUCUACCUUCUUCAACCAAACCAGACCCUAAACAACUCACCAAUUUUGCAGUUUAAUGUUGACACACCCGUAAACCAGGUCUAUCAUCUUGAUACGAACCCUCAAUUUCAAGAAAUGAACCUGCAAUCGACAUAUAUCCGCAGCAACUGGACUUCUGAUGAAGCAGAUGAGCAACAACUAAGCCUCAUCAAUGAGAGGAAGCAGAGAAGAAUGAUAUCUAAUAGAGAGUCAGCACGCAGAUCACGCAUGCGCAAGCAGAAGCACCUAGAUGAACUUUGGUCACAGGUUAUUUGGCUGCGUAAUGAAAACCACCAACUUGUUGACAAACUGAACAAGUUCUCAGGGACUUAUGAUCAAGUUCUUCAAGAGAAUGCUCAGCUUAAGGAGGAAGCUUCAGAACUUCGCGAAAUGGUCACUAAGUUGCAGCUUAAUGGCACCUAUUCUACUUUAGAGGAUCUAGAUGAUAUUCAUAGCCACACAGCUUAUUUCAGAACUGAAUCUUCAAACCCCUCCAUCUCAAGUUCCUCAGACUUCUUCUAG